AUGGCGCCGUCUAUUUCCAUACGCCGCCCUUCCGCGACAGUCCUCGUCCCGCUCCCUCGCGCCAGGCGCGGAGCGCGAAGAUCGCAACGGCAAAAAUGUGUGUCGCGAGCGAGUUCUCCCACCGUAGAAGCGACCACAACACCCACCAAUGAUGGCAGUCCACCACUCAGCGCCUCUCGCCUCCAUUCUCCGUCCUCGCUCGCGCUACUGCUUCCCGCCCUCCUCCUACUCGCCGCCCACGUGCUUUCCCUUGCUGCCGCGUCCGCUGUCGAUGUGCCAUCGCUUAUACCAGCGGAGGCGACGAACUGGGCAGGAGCGGCGACGAAGCGCGUGAGCGCGAUGGCAGGGGCGGGCGACAGGAGCGAGCGCAGUGCCGGGAAGGAGGGUGAGAGGCGACCUGGAGGAAAUUCAGGCGGCGUAACGAGCGGGACUGACGCGGAAGAGUCGAGAGUCUACAUCGUCCGCUUCCGCACAGCGCCCCCGGUCACCGCGUACACCGGUGGAUUUGAGGGCCACAGCCCCACCGCCGUGUCGUCACGAGGCCGCGGGGGAGGCAAAUCUGGGCGGUAUCGUUUGGACUCUAGUGAUAAGCGGGUGGUGGCGUACUCGCAGCACGUGCAGGCGAUGCAAGACGCGGAGUUGACACGUGGCGGCGUAAAUGCGAGGAAGCAGAAGCUGUACAGUUACACGUUUGCGCUCAACGGAGCAGCAGUGCGCCUCACCCCCGCGCAGGCGGCUGCGCUGCGUAAGCAGGCGGGCGUGUCGGCGGUGUCGGCGUCUGCGCGACUGCAUGCGCGCACCACGUACACACCGUCACUGCUGGGGCUGCGCAACCGCAUGUGGCGGUGGCAGGACCAGCGGGGGAGGGUGCUCAAGGGGGAGGACGUGAUCGUGGGCGUCAUCGACACGGGCGUGUGGCCCGAGAACCCCGCCUUCAGUGACCAAGUCUCCCCACCAUAUGGCCCCGUUCCCGCGCGGUGGAAGGGGGGUUGCGGCAAGGAGAAUGCGAUGGACUUUCCGGCACGGCUGUGCAACGGCAAGCUGGUGGGCGCUAAGUACUUCAUGAAGGGCUUCGCGGCGGACGAGCCGGUGGACUGGCGCUUCGACUACGCGUCGCCCAGAGACGUCGUGGGCCACGGCACGCACACCUCCAGCACGGCAGCGGGCAAUCAGUGGAACCAAGUGACCCUAGGCAACGUGACGUUCGGCACAGCCAGUGGGGUGGCACCCAGGGCCCGAGUGGCCAUCUACAAGGUGGUGUGGGCGGGCAAGGACGGCAGCUACAGCGCGGACACGGCGGACGUGGUGGCGGCGAUCGAGGCGGCGAUAGAAGACGGUGUGGACGUGCUGAGCCAGUCGCUGGGCAAGAUGUUCUCCUCGCCCUUUGACGCCGAUGAGAUCGCCUUCCUGCACGCCGCUCAGGCGGGCAUCUUCACGGCCUUGGCGGCGGGCAACAUGGGCGGGCAGCUGCUGAGCAUGCUGGACCACCCCAGCCCCUGGUACACCACCGUCGCCGCCAGCGAUACCGGGCGGCGCUACGCCACGAAGCUGACAGUGGCGGGCAACCGCACCUUUGUGGGGCUCUCCUUCAUGGGCCACCCGCCUCUCCCCAAAGCCGCUCCUGCUGUGUUUCCCCUCGUGGAAGGGGAGGCUGCAGUGGGUGCAGGGCAAUCCAAAAUGCGGGCGCGCUAUUGCCAGCGUGGGUCCCUGGACCCUGGCAAGGUGAGGGGCGCCAUCCUCAUCUGCAUCCGCCCCGACUCUGACAGCGUUGACAUUGACAGGGCAACUGACACGCUGCCAAUGAGCCGUGUGGCCGCUGCUAUCGGGGCAGCGGGCGUGGUGAUCGUCAACGCCGCUGCCAAGAUGGGCACAGCUGCUGUGAUGCAUCCCAUCCCGGCGUGCCACUUGAACGUGUGGGCCCUGCAGCCCCUUCUGGCGUUGCUGCGCAGUACGAAGAGUCCCCUGGGCUCCCUGUCCCCUGCACUCACAGUGUACGGCGAUGCCCCCACAGUUGCAGCCUUCUCCUCAAGGGGCCCCGUGGAGGACCUCGAUGGGGCGGCAGGGCGCACCUUUGGGCGGCAGUUGAACGAUGUGGUGAAGCCCGAUGUGGUGGCGCCGGGGGUGGAGAUAUGGGCGGCGUGGACGCAGUCUGUGAAGCAGGACGCGCUCAGCUCCAUUGCCCCUGGGGCAGCUGCUCACAUGGGUCCCCUUGCUCCCCACCCAUUUCCCCCUCUGCCACGUGCAGGAGUGGUGAGAGUAGUAGCGUCGGCGUUCAAUGUCAACACAGGCACGUCCAUGGCCACCCCCCAUGUGGCCGGUGCAGCAGCACUCCUCAUACAGGCACACCCCAACUGGAGCCCCUUCGCUGUCAAGUCUGCCAUCCAAACCUCCGCCUCUGCACUCACCCGCUUCGGCCGACCCAUCCCAACAGAGUCAGGGCGCCAAGCCUCCCCGUUUGACAUGGGCUCGGGGCACUUGACCCCCACAGCUGCGGUGAAUCCAGGUCUGGUGUAUGAUGCCACGUCAGCCGACAUGAUUCGGUUCUUAGUUUCUGUGGAUGAGCUCAAAGCCAGGAAUAUCGGCGCGAAAACGGCUUAUGGCAAGGGAGGCAGUGGAGGGCGUGACAUGCAGAAGGGGAGCAUCCGGACGCACCAGCGCUCCACCGCACACCAGGACGCACACGCCGAGAUGAAGUCGAAGGAGAGCCGGAAGCUUCGUCAAACGCUGCUGAGCGAGUUCGAGGGGUUGGAUCGCAGCACUCUUCACAUCAUCAUUGCUCUCAAGACUACCGUGUACAUCUGCAAGUCGGAGGCGCCAAUCACCUCCUACGUGGGCACCAUCAAGUUCAUGGCCGAGCUCGGUGUCCCGAACCUUCCCUUGGAUUCCAAGGGAAACUACUUUUCGGAGGAGGCGUUGGCCGCGAAGGAUGCCGCUGAGAAGGUGACGGAGUUCAACAUUAUAGACCAGGCGGUGCGCAACGUGGCGGAGCAGCUUUCUAGGUCGAGCAACUGGCACCGGCGAUUCGAGCACCUUCAGGAGUACAUCUGCGAAACCAACCUGGAGCUGCAGGGGAUCCACGACGUGCGAUGGCUCUCUAGAGGAGAGGCAGUCAAGCGGUUUGCCAAGGUUCUGCCGGCGACAAUCGUCCUGCUGCACGAUUUCAAGCACGCGCUAUACGAAACGGUCACCUCUUUCAAAUUCCACUUCAUGCUUUUCUUCCUUGCAGACAUUCUUGCCGUGCUCAACGAGCUCAACGCCAAGUUCCAGAAGCAGCAGGUGACAUGUGGAGUGUUUUGCAACUAUUCAUCCCACGCCCACUCACAGGUUGACAUCACUGUGGUCGCGGGGGAGGUGUCACUCGCUUGCCGGACGAUCGAGGUGCGUUACGUGGACUGCGAGGAUCGUUUCGGCAACGAUCAGUCGCCCCUGCUCUGCGCGUUCCUGAAGAAACACGGCAACCCCCAGCACCGCGAAGUCACCGUCCAAGGCGUGGACCAGAACGGCGAAGCUGCAGAGCACGAGUUCGUGCUUCACGAGCGCAAGAUCCCAGGCCAUAAGACUGGCGGGGACUACUAUUCCUGCAAGGUGGUGUGCCAGGAGUUUGCGAGGGUCUGCGUUGCGCGACUGGAGUUCCGCCUAGAAGACCUCAAAAACCUGGCCGGCUCCAAGCUUUUCCGGCCAUCGUGCUAUCCCGACGACAACGCGCAGCGGAUGAAGAAGUGCCGCGAGUGUCGCCCUAGUGAUGUUUCUUCUCUUCCUCUCGCCAUGGCUUCCCUUCCUGCCGCGGAGGACUCGCCUGAGACCGCCCCGGAGAAGCCACCCGAUCAUAGGGAUAGCGGCCUAGAUUUCCUUCGACGUAGCGUAGCUCCGGUCACACCAGAACCUCUUGUUACCGCUGCAGUUGUUAAUACCGACGUGAACCCAUCGUCCAGCAAGGAGCCGCAGCCGGCCCCCAAUCCCGCGCCUUCCCCAGCGCCGUUCACUCUCCUUCCCGCCAUCGCGUCGUCCAGUAAAGCGCCUCCCUCUGCAGUUGGUAGCAGCGGCUGCAACGAUGCCGCUCCCGCGUCCGAGGGUCGUACGGCUAAGAAGGCGCGCACGUUUGUACUGCGAGGCAAGCUACAGCAGAGCACGUUGACCUUCGGCGGUGUGCGCGUGCCACCACCUAGUGCACCCGAGGAGGAGGAGCCCGAACCUGAGGAACCAGAGGAGAUACCUGUACGUGCGGACACCAACUCCCCCGUUCUGUCCAGGGCUGAGCUGAUGGAGCAGAAGUACAUAGAGGCAAGUGUCAAGUACAACACGCAGUGGUUGCCGAAAUUCCCGUGGCUGCUCUUGCUUCGCGCUAAAGAUGGUGGUCCUAGUGUGAAGUGCAGUGUGUGUCUCUCAUUCGGCAAAGAGACAACGAAGUACUCAGGUCCUGGUGACGGCGGCCGAGACCUGCAGACGCAGACGAUGCGUAUCCACGAGCACACAUCGGUCCACAAGGAGGCAAUGCAGCGUCAGGCGGAGAUUGCGGAGGCGAUUUCGAACGGCCAGACGGAAAUCGACCGCUUCAUGAACGCGGACGUGGAGGGUCGGCGAGCUAUCCGGCUGAUGCGGUCGGUGCAGUUUCUCUGCCAGGAGGACACGCCCAUCAGCAUGUUCCCGAAGCUGAUGAGGCAUCUCGCUGAGCAGGACACCCCCGACAUCCCAAAGCAAGCCUACGGGGUGUACCUCACGCGAGAGGCAUUGGCGGUGAAGGACACUGCCACUUCAAAUCCGGACCUCGCGAUGGUGGACACGGUGGUCCGCACGCUUGCUCAACGCCUUGGCGCCUCCAGCCACUGGAGCCAGCAGUUCAAGUACCUGCAGCGCGUCAUUUACAACACGAACCUCGAGGUCCAGGGAAUUCACAGCGUGCGCUGGCUGUCCCGGGGCGACGCGGUGAAGCGACUAUGCAAGGUGCUGGGCGCUGCGAUUAUUCUCUUCCACGAGAAGGAGCACGACUUGUACGAGACAGUUACAUCGUACAAGUUCCAGUUCUGCCUCUUCUUCCUUGCAGACAUCCUCGGCGACCUUAACGAUCUGAACCGGUCGUUUCAAAAGCGGAGGCAGCGUUGUAUGAAUGGUUUUGGCUUUCGUGAAAUCCAAUACUGA